AUGGCCGACUUUGCCAAGUCCAUCUUUGGCUUUAGUGGCUUCCACAGAAAAGAUAACUCACCAGCUCCCGGAUCGGCUCCGGCUGACACUCAGCAUCACAUUGACAACCCCGUGCUGACUGCUCACACUCCCGCUGUUGCUCACCAGCUAGCCGAUGACCAUACAAACAAGUUUCUUCCCAAAGGCUUGGCCCACGUAGCACCUACGACUGCAGUGUCCAGCCAUUCGCUCGUGUACGGCACAACAAGCUCGACAUCGUCGGGGUCUGGAACUUACAUAAAUCAGACAUUCAAGUCAAACGACAGGAGCAAUUUGGGCCAGCCCAUGAUUAUUACGACCGAUGAAACGGGCCAGACAGUACGUUCGAACAACAAGAACAGCCAGCCCAAGGGAAAGCUCAAGAUCACAAUCUAUGAAGCUAAAGAUAUCACUGCAUCGCAACCGUAUGUAGUGUGUACAUUUGAAAGCUCGGAGUUUGUGACAAAUGCUCCUGGAUCUUUUGGUAAGUCUCCCAGCAUCCAGAACAAGGCCCCUAAUCCUCAUCUGGGCGGAAGAGCAUUGCCAAUGAGAAACACCCUGUCAUCCAGCAACAGACCUGGUCUCUAUUCGAGACAAUCUUCUACGCAACAAGUAGCCACCAUCUCAGACUCUUCCAAUCCGAUCUGGAACCACGAUGCCAUCUUCGACGUUGUCGGCUCCAAAUCAGAGCUAGACAUCUCGGUGUACGACUCGGCGCGCGACGACGCAUUCUUGGGCCAUGUCCGUGUUUUUCCUUCUACCAUCAUAAACAAGAAGAACAGCACGGAAUGGUUGCAGUUGAAACCCAGAAUCGUCGGUGAGCGUGUCAGUGGGUCUAUCAAGAUCAAAUGGGAAUACACUUCUCUUGAUAACAAGAAGCUGUACGGCCCUGAAGACUUUGAUGUCUUAAGAUUGUUAGGUAAAGGUACUUUUGGCCAGGUUUUCCAGGUCAAGAAGAAGGACACCGAACGCAUCUACGCCAUGAAGGUGUUAUCAAAGAAAGUGAUUGUCAAAAAGAAAGAAAUUGCCCAUACAAUUGGCGAGAGAAACAUCUUGGUGAGAACUUCUGCAGCCGCUUCUCCGUUCAUUGUAGGAUUGAAGUUUUCCUUUCAAACUCCUACUGACUUAUAUUUGGUUACAGACUACAUGUCGGGAGGAGAGUUGUUCUGGCAUUUGCAGAAGGAAGGAAGAUUUACUGAAGAUAGAGCAAAAUUCUAUAUCGCCGAGUUGGUCUUGGCUCUUGAACAUCUUCACGACAACGAUAUUGUGUACCGAGACUUGAAGCCAGAAAAUAUCUUGUUGGAUGCCAAUGGACAUAUAGCUUUGUGUGACUUUGGGUUAUCGAAGGCUAACUUAAACAACGACGGAACCACCAAUACAUUCUGUGGCACCACAGAGUACUUGGCACCAGAAGUGUUGUUAGACGAAUCUGGAUACACCAAGAUGGUUGACUUCUGGUCGUUGGGAGUUUUGAUUUUUGAGAUGUGCUGUGGCUGGUCUCCUUUCUAUGCUGACAACACUCAACAGAUGUACAAGAACAUUGCAUUUGGCAAAGUUAGAUUCCCCAAGGAGAUCUUGAGUCCUGAAGGAAGAUCCUUUGUCAAAGGCUUAUUGAACAGAAACCCCAAGCACAGAUUGGGAGCCAUUAACGAUGCCAGAGAGUUGAGAGCACAUGCUUUCUUCAACGACAUCGACUGGGAGUUGUUGCGAGCCAAAAGCAUCCCCCCACCUUUCAAGCCUCAUUUGACUUCUGAGACAGAUACUUCCAACUUUGAUCCUGAGUUUACCUCCGAGUCGACGUCGGUGUUGAAGAAGCAGAUGGAGUUGGCAUCCACGCCAUUGUCACCAGGAAUCCAGGCAAACUUCAAGGGCUUUACGUAUGUGGACGACUCGACCAUGGAAGAUCAUUUUGGUAAGUCGUACAGAAUGAACACGUUCAAGAACUCGGGCUCGUUCAUUCCAGGAAACCCCAACUUACCUCCUGAUGAAGACGUCAUCGACGACGAUCAGAUCGACGAAGUUGACGAGAUGGAGAUAGACGAGGACCAUCAAAUGGACGACGAGUUCGUUAACGGUAGAUUCGACUUGUAGAUUGAUGGUUAGAGAGCUUUUUCUGCUUGUUCGUGGAGUAGUAGUAAUAUUGUUAGCUGUUACGUUGUUAUAUUUAUUUAGUUACAUUUUCUUAUAUAUUUCAGUAAUUAUACAUUCGAUAAAG